AUGAGCCACUCUGAGAGGUGCCAAGUGGUGAUGAGCUGCUCUGAGCGGUGCCGAGUGCCUGCAGAGCAGUUCAGAGCAGCAGUGAGUGGUGAUGGGUCGUUGUGUGCGAUGAUUGGUGGUGCUGAGCGCCCGCCCGUGAGUGGUGACGAGCUGGUGCGAACAGGGACGAGCUUCUCAGAGAGGUGCCGAGUGGUGAUGAGCGGCUCCGAGCGGUGCGGAGUUCUGCAAGCGCGGUUCAGAACGGCAGUGAGAGGUGUUGGGCCUUUGUGUGCGGUCAUUGGUGGUGCUGAGGCGCCCGUGAGUGAUCCUCCCUCCCCAUCGUUCAACAUCCCUCCCCACCCGUCCCCACCCCUCCCUACCCCUCUGGAACGGCAGGCAGAGAGCACGGAUCUGAUAGCCUAUGGGCUCAUCCCUGAGUUUGUGGGGCGAUUCCCCGUGCUGGUGGGGCUGCAUGCGCUCACAGAGGAGCAACUCGUGCAGGUUCUCUUAAAGCCCAAGAACGCCCUCAGCAAGCAAUUCGCCAAGCUAUUGGCCAUGAACAACGCCCGCUUGCACAUGACGGAGGGGGCAGUGAGGGCCAUAGCGCGCAGAGCAGCAGCGCGAAACACGGGGGCCAGGGGGCUGCGAUCGCUGCUGGAGGGGCUGCUCACCGAGGCUAUGUACGAGGUCCCCAGCAAUCUGGUGGAAGCAGUGGUGCUGGACGAGGCAUCGGUGGGGCACGAGGGGGAGGAAGGGGAAGAGGGCAAGCCGGUCCCCAGCAGUCUAGUGAAGGCAGUUGUGUUGGACAAGGCAUCGGUGGGGCACGAGGGGGAGGAGGGGGGCGACGGGGUCCCCAGCUCUCUGGUGGAAGCAGUGGUGCUGGACGAGGCAUCGGUGGGGCACGAGGGGGAGGAGGGCGAGGACGGGGUACCGGGGUGUGGGGCCCACAUACUGCAAGGGGAGGGCUCGUGGGAGCGGUGGUUGCAGGAUAACGAGGGGGGAGGAGAGAAGGCGGGAGGGAAGGGAGAGGAGGGCCAAGGGGGAGGAAGCAAGGGAGGCUCAUCUGGGGGAGGUGGAAGUGAUGAGGAAUCGGAUGCAGCUCCUGCUCUUGCCACAGCCACUGCAGCUUGA